AUGUGCGGCAUCAAACAAAUCGUCGACCAGUGCAGAACCUGCUACGGCAUCAUCUCCAAAGAAGAGAUCCCCACCAUAUGCCACAAGAGAACGUGGACAUUGCCCGAAACCUUCGGACACGCAAAGGCAUACUGUCCAGACCAAGGAAGGGUAUACCUCGACAAGAAGCCAAGAAUCAACCAGUGCCCGCGAUCAGGGAGCAGUCUGGGCACUCGCUCGCUGUCACACGGUCUGGACCAAACCCGAUCGACAAGCCCUUGGCAGAACACCAGUGUCCUCAAUUUACCGGCUGAGGAGCCAAAAAGCGUGGCUGGGAAGGUGAAGGGGUUCUUUGGUAAGUGUCUUUUCAAGGUGAUUCCUGGGUUCGGUAGGUCCUCGCAGUCUCCUUCGUCUUGGGCGGCACUCGAUCAAUGGGAGGAUAUUUGUGGUGAUGAGGGUAUUACGGACAAGAAGAAGAAAAAGAAAAAGGAUGCGUCUAUACCAACAGUGACGAGGGUGUAA